AUGGGAAACUGCUGCCAAAAUGAGAAUACGAGAGAUUCUGAAUUGGAGAGAAUAGGUUUAAAUAUUCCUGCUCCAAUCCCUUAAGAUUCUAAAAAAAAUUCACUUGUAGAUCCUAAUUAUAGCAAAAUGACUUAAAGCAAAAAUCAAAACAAUUUUAUUAAUAUGAAUGGCCUAACACAGCCUUAAACAAAUAGAAAUAGUUUAGCAUCAACUCCUGCUUAAAGUGGGUCUUCUCCGCAUGAAAUAGGCUUUCUUUCAGGUUCUAAGAACAAUGUUACUGAAUGCAACAGCUUUAUUUCUGGGCUAGUCCCAUAUAAAGAAAAAGAUAUAAUUCAAAAGAUGUAAUAAUAACAUGAGAGUAUAGGUGAUUUUGUUGGGAGAUCUAGAUUCUCCAAAGAAAGCAACUUGUUAAGAUCUUCUAUGAAAAAUUUUUAUAUCAUAACUAGCAUAUACACACCGACUAUGAGUAGUCAAAAAAUUGACUUGUAUAAUUAGUUUGUUUAAAAGAUGGAAUUGUCUGGAUGCAGAAUUAUUACUAUUGAAUUUGCAUCUAUUUCAUCACCUUUUUUAGUAACAGAAGAGAACUUCUAACCAUAUAAUUUCUAAGUAAGACUUGAAGACCCUAUCUUCAUUAGAUUUAAUGUCUUAAAUUAAGUUUUGAAAAAACUCCCUGAGUCAUGGGAAUGGAUAGGCAUAGUUGACUAUAAUGUUUAAUUUCUAGAUGAUAAAUGGGUAGAAAAAGCUUAGGAUUGUUUAAGAUAAAGUAAGAUAAUUUAACUAUUUGAUACUUGCAAAGAAAUAACGUCAAAUAGUCGGUAAUUAUCUUACAAGUAUGGAAUAGUAAAUUAUUUUGAGAAUAUCCAUAAUGGCUAGCAAAUUGAUCUAUAAUAAUUUUAGCAAUACUUUGAAGGAGGCAAAGCUUGGGCUUUUAGAAAAGAUUUUUUUACUGAAUACAAUAAUUUAGUAGAUAUUUUUGUUACAGGUUUUGAAGAAACGUUUUUAUCUCUCUGUUUAUACGGCUAAUUCACAAAUUUAUUUUCUAGUUAUCUUAGUGAAGAAUCAAUUAGAAUUUUUAAAAAAAUUGAAUAAAUUUAUUUUAAAUCUGAUAAUUAAUAAUCAUAUAUAAAUUGCUAAAUUUAAGUUGAAUCUCUAAACUAAGAAAAUUAAACUUAAAAUAUUCUUGCUUCAAUAUAAAUUUUGAAUCGUUAAAUAUAGAAUUUAUAUAUGGAUUCUUAAGGGUAAAUUCAUUUAAGAAAUAAUGAUAGUAAAGAAUCUAAAGAUGAAAUAAAAUAUUUUAAUAAAUUCCUUCUCUGA